UAGCUUUCCGCGUCAGUUAGUUUUACGGAGGCCAUAACGACUGAGAGAGGAAAAGGUAAUAAAUGCUGAACGUUCGAUCAAAUGUGCCUUUGUUCGAAUACGGUUAAUCAUAAAAUACGAAUACGUCAUUGAAGAAAGAUCUUACUCAAUUUGUAAGGUGCAUUCUCGUAAAAGAUGGAAAAAGCAGAAGAGAACGAACACAAUGUGCUUCAAGACAUUUUAAGUAAAGAAGAAUUGACACAAAUCCCAGAAGGGUUUGUUAAAAAGAUAAACGCAUAUUUCAAUGAGAAAUUUGAACAGUAUAUUACGGCCAAAGCCGUUUUCGAAACUAAUAGAAAAAAUUUUGAUCAAACUGUAGAUAAGCUGCAAAAAGAUUUGACAGAGGAAAAAUCAAAUUUUGAAGAAUGCAAAGAAAAAUUAGAAUUGGCAGAAAAAUAUACUACCGAAUUACAAAUCAAUUUAGACCAAGCUAAAAACGAAAUUCAAAAAUUACAAGAAACUGUUAAAAGGUUAGAGAAAGAAAAUGUUGAUUUACGUAGACACAGGGACACAGUUGUGGAUGAAAGAGACGCGCUGCAACUACAGGUUGAACGACGAGACACAGAAAUUGAAAGGAUGCAUACGGAACUCUCUUCUUUAGGAACUCAACUCCAAAAUGCUGUAGCUGCAAAAUGUCAAGCUUUAACGGAAACAGAAGAAAUUAGAAGUCGCGAUAUGACUCUUGAAUUUAAGGAGAAAAGGCUAGAACAAGAAAGGACUUUACUUUCACAACAAAUGGCAGGUUUGGAGGAGGAAUUAGCGAAAAGAAUGUCAGAAUUACAAGCAACAAGAGCAGAAGCGUCUGCUCGAGCUCUUUUAACGGACACUCGAUUGGCGCAACGCGACGAGGAAUUACGUAUUGCUAAUGAAGCAGCGGCGCAACUACGAGAGUCUUACACGUCUCUUCAACGACGCUGCGACGAACUUGCUCAAAAACUGGAAGAACAGCGUACUCAUGAAAUUUCUAUGCAUGCUUCUUAUCGAGAAGAAAUCGGUGCUCAAACCAGAUUAGCGGACCUGUAUAAAGGAAUGGCCGAUGAAGCAAAUGCAAAAGCUGAGGAAUUCAGUGGUGCAGUUAAAGAACUUCAAGAAUUAUUAGAAACUGCUACAGAGCAAUACGGAACGUUAGAAACUACACACAAUCAGCUUCAAUUGCAACGUAAACAAGAAAUAGAAGACAGAGAGCAAAAAAUAGAUGAACUUUCAAAAGAAUUAAGUCACGCAAACGAGUUACUCAAAAAUAUUAAACAAGAGAGAUUAGAUCAAGCCGUUGAACAACUUGCACCUACAGCAGCCAUAGCUAGUCGUGUUCUCAGAAAAGGUUUGAGUCUUACUCAAAUUUAUACACAAUUGGUUGAUGUAACUAAUGAACUGACUUCAGAACGAGAAGAAAACGAACGUUUAAAGUCACAAAUAGAUGUUAUUAUACGAGAAGUAGAAGAAAAAGCUCCAAUUUUACAACAGCAACGUGAAGAUUAUGAAACUGCUGUUGCCAAUAUUGCAACGCUCACGUCAAGAUUAGAUGAACUUUUAGCCGAAAAUCAUAGAUUGCAAGAAACCGCGGACGAAGCAAAUCGUAUUGCCAAACACCAUACUAAAGAGAAUCAGAGGUUGAAAACAGAAUUAUCAGAUUUAGCUAGACAGGUUUGUUUCCUUUUGAAAGAAGUUCAAGAGAGCAGAAGCGGUACAACUGCGAAUGCAAGUGAAUUUUCGAAUUCGAUGGACAUAGAUAAUCUCGCUUCGUCUGAAAUUAUUAGUAAAAAACUGGUCACUUUUAAAGACAUUGAAGAAUUGCAGGAAAAUAAUCAAAAAUUGCUGUCAAUUGUUAGGACAUUAUCAUCGAGGCAAGAAGAAAUUGAGCGGGCCACCGAUGAAAUAAAUUCUGGAGAAAUGAAAGAGAAAUUGGAUAGGUAUUUAGAACAAUUGGAAGAUAUGCAAGCUGCUCAAGAUAGACAAGCAAAAAUGUUGGAUGGUCUUUUACGACAAAGGGAUAUGUAUAAAAAUAUGUACCAACAGUGUUUAAAACAGACAAAUACAUCGGAAAAGAAAGAAUUUUCAAUUAACGAGGAAGAAGAAACGAAAGAAGUCGGCGAAGAAAAAUCGGCCACGGAUAAGACAUCGGUCCUCAGUCAGGACGAUGUUAACAAAGAAAGAGAAUUACAAAGACAGUUAGCAGAAACCGAGGCUAAAUUGAAGCACGUUACAGAUGAGUACGAUACGUAUAGAAAAGAAAAAGCGGCACACGAACGUAUGUUGGGAGACGAGGUGGAGAGACUUCGGAAAGAAGCAGAAGCUAAUUCGGCACGAUGUUGUAGAUUAAAAGCACAGUUAGAUUCAGCUAACGAUAGAUUUAAUCUUUUACAAGCAAACGUUGCCUCUUAUAAAUCUCAAAUCAAAGUCCUCGAAGAAAAGUGUUUUAAUUAUAACGUGACAAUUGGUAAGCACGAACAAAGUUUGAUGAUUCUGAAGGAUGAAGCUUUAGCGGCUCAAACUCGACUAUCUCGUGCCGAGGUGCAAUUGGAAAACAUUCGGCAAGAAAGACAACUUUUACGUGAUUCCGAAGGACGUCUUUUGAAGGAACGCGAAGUGUACCAGAGAGAACGUCAAACGCAGGCUUUAUUGAAAGCAGAUGUUGAAUCUAUUAAAGCUAGUUUAGAACGUGUUCAAGCCGAAAGUCAAUUACGUGCCGAACAGCGUUUGGACGACGCCACCAGAGAGUGCGCAGCUUUAAGACGACGAUUACAGGAAGAACAAGAUCGGUUCAGAGAGUUAUCCGCACAUUUAGAAAGACAGCUAGCCACAGCACAGGAACGACUGACGGAAGAACGUAAUAUAACCGAGCAAAUUCGAACGGAGUUGGAACAGGCUCGUCAGUCUGAUUCUCAGAAUACGCAACGCAUCGAAGAACUUAAUGCUAAACUGAGACAAGCUGUUACCCAUUCGAUAUCAAAACCUUUUAACGGCGAUGAAAAUCUCGUAAAGCGAUUAAAAGAGCUUGAGAUGCAACUUGGUACGUCACAGGCGGAAGCAAAAUCUUUGUCGGAACAAUUGAAAGCUGCACGGCAACAAAGUCAGCAGUAUUGCGAUAUAGCGGAAAGCACCGAGGCACAAUUAAGAGAAUUAACCGCGGAACAUAAUAAAUGUAAGGAAGAAUUAGAAACUGCUUUGAAAGAUGCACGCGUAGAAAUAAUAUCCCUUCAAAAGAGAGUACAAGAAUUAGUAGAAGAGUUAACAAGAGUUUCCAGUGGUCGACAAGAAACCGAUUCAGAGUUAAGAGAAAGAUUAGCCGAUGCAGAAAGAAAGCUCGAAGAAUUAGAUGAAGUUAAGGGAGAACUAGAAAUUGUAAAAAGCGACUUACAUAAUGCUUCAGUAGCGGCUAAAGAAGCCGAAGAGAAAUAUGCUAGAGAAAUGGUGUUACAUUCAGCGGACCUUCAAAUAUUAGCAAAAUUAAAGGAAGAUGCAGAAACAAUAGAACAAAAAGUAGCCAGUUUAACUCAAGAGAGAAAUGCAGCCGUAGAAGCUUUAGAUCUUGAAAGAGUAGCUUAUCAAGAACGAGAAAAAAAGUUACUCGACGAGCUUCAAGAAAUGCAGAAAAGAAUAGAAGAUUUAGAUACGCAGAAUGCUAUUUUACAUAAUCAAAUUCAAGAAUUGAGCGAUAAAACUGCAAUCAUGCAUAGUCAACAAUCGAAGAUAAACGAACAGGAAAGUCUCGAUACGAGUUUAGAAACAAUGAAUCGUAGUUUUAGCGGACUCGAAGAUGACUCCAAAUCCGCCGAACAAUUACUAAGAGUAAUGAAAUAUCUGAGACGCGAGAAAGAUUUAGCUGUAGCGAAAUUUGAUGUUUUAAGGGCAGAAAAUCUUCGGUUGAAAUCUCAAGUAGAGGUUGUAGAAAAAAGACUAAAAGAAACAGAAGCCGUGCUCAAUUCGGAAAGAGAAAAAUCCGAAAUCGAUGUAGUAACAACGUCUAAGCAUGCAGAAUUAUUACGAAAAGUUGAAACUUUGAACGCAAUAACAGAUUCUAAUAGAAUACUUAGAGAAGAAAGAGACAGUUUAAGCGUAAAAGUUUCAGAACUUACCGUAAAAGUAGCAGCGCUUUCUGAAGAAGUAGGUCCACUUCGGGAUACUUCGAGAGAUUUGCAAGCAAAGACUGAGGCGUUACUACAGGAGAAUGCGAGUCUUAAGGGAGAGGCAACCAGAUGGAGACAAAGAGCUAAUACAUUGGUCGAAAGAGCUAACAAAACUAGUCCAGAAGAUUGGCGUAGAUUACAAACGGAACGUGAAAAUCUUAGCAAAUUGCUCGCAUCUGAACGCGAAAUACACGCUAAGCGUGCAGACGAAUUGAAUCAAUUAAAAGCAGAGAAAGCUAAAUUAGAAGAGACGUUAUCGCAACUUCAGAAACAAGUGCAAGCUCAAGGAGAACAAGUACAGAAAGUUUCCGAAGAAGCACGCAAAUUAGGUCAAGACUUACACGAAGCUCUGGCGGAUUCUUCUUCCAAAGCCAAAGAUUUGGCAACGUUAAGAAAAGAGCUUGGCGACAAAGAAACUGUUUUAAACGACAUAAAAAACAAAGAGAUUCAGAUCAGAAAGAUAGCAAAGAAAUACAAGACACAAUUCGAAGAGCUCGCGAAAACGGUAGAGGAAGAGAAGAGCAGAAACGAAGAGUCCCGAAUGUCGGCUGGUACUUCGGUAAACGAAGAUACCGUUCAAAUAUCGCAAGAACGAGAAGAUCAAUUGCGGGAAGAAGGUCGACAAGAAUUGCGUCAAGCGAAUUUGGAAUUGACAUCGAAAAUCGACGAGUUAUCUCGCCAAAUGGUAGUCGUACAAAGCGAAGCUGAUUCUUUGAAAAAAGAAAUCGAUACCAUGAAUAAAACAAGCGUCGAGAAGGAAGAGCGUGCGAAACAAGUGUUGAAAGGUGCAAGAACUAAAAUUAUGCAAUUAACCGAAUCGAAAAAAAUCUGUGAGAAAGAACUGUUGGAUCUAAAAGCAAAAAUUGAAGCUGGUACAACCGAGUCGGAUACUGCCGAACACGAUGCUAGACUCGUGGCAUUGAAAUCUCAAAUGGAAGGUAGAAUUUCUCGUUUGGAACAUGAAAAGGCAGAAAUCCAGGCGGAAAAGGAGACUCUUUUGCAAAGAGUGACACAGCUACAACGGCAGUUAGCCGGUGUUAGCGGAGUCAGCGCUACGACCGAACCCCCGACGGCUAACAUUAAACCGAUGUCCGCUCGUGCUGAAACUCCUUUAGCAAGUAUUCGUCCUAUGAGCGUGGUAGUGCAAUCUAGAACAGCUGCUGUUUUACCUACAACUGCGACUGCACCGGUUAUGGUUGCGCCCCACCAACAACAACAAUCGCAACAACAAGCGGUGCACACGACCGAAACGAGUUCACCAACCAGUAGUCUUCCAGACUUUCAACCAGCCAGUACCAGUAGCAGUUCAUCGCAGACAGCGCCAAGCACGUUGCGUCAACUGGUUGUUCAACCGCAACUGAGCGAAUCAGCGGAAUCGACGCAAAGAGAAGAUCCAGAGAACGCGGAAACCCUUAGCGUACAACAACAGCAACAAUGCCAACAACAACAGCAGCAGCAACAGCAACAGCAAACUGUUGCAUUAGUAAGUCCAAGAGUCGAACAACAACAACAACAACAACAGGCUGCAGCCAGCGAUCAACAACAGACGGUUGCGAGUAGUUCAACUCAAUCAGUGAGUACGUCGCAAGCUUCGACGGGACACAAACGUCCAAGAGCUCUUGAUUCUACGGCCUCUGGGUCGGGUAUCGUGGAAGGCGUUGAUCACAGUAGGCAAGAACAGGUUCUUAGCCCUAAAACAAAACGGAACAGGCAAGAAAUGUCUACGGCUAGCGCGAGUGCUUCAGAGGUCGAGUACCAGGUACCAACGUCGAGCCAACGAGAUCAGGACGAAGAGGUAGAAGAAGGAUGCGUGGUUGUGGUAGACUGCGACGAAGGCGAAGGAGGUGGUAAUCACCAAACGCAGGAAGAAGAAGAGUUCGAUAAUGAUCCGUACGAAGAGAUGGAGGAAGAAGAGGAAAUGCCUUACGAGGUCGAGGUAGAGGUAGAGAGGGACAACAACGAAGUCGAGAUCAUAAUGGGUGAAGAUUCGACGAGCGUAGAAGUUUCUAGACAAGCACAAUCAGCGGUGCCAAUAAAUCAACAACAACAACAGCAGCAACAACAACAACAGUCGGAAGCGAUCAGUAGUGCCGGACCAACGGGAGAACCAGCCACGUCGUUUGCGCCUCGAUUAUCGCGUGGAAUUGCGCCGAUGCCUAGACAACAACAGCAACAACAUCUUCUUUUGCCACAACAGGGAUACGAGGAUGGAGGUGACGAUAGUAUAGUACCAAGUACACCAACGUUGUUUGUGCCACGCCGAGGGGACGGGUUUGGAGAAGCUGUUAGUUCACCGCAAGUUCCUCAAGGACGGUUUACCUUCGGAGAUUCAUCCGCGCCAACAACAGCAUCGUCAACUCCGUCGUUAUCUACUCCUUCUGGAUCAACAGCUCGAACUAUAUUUGGUUCAUCCAGUUCCGGUGUUGCACCGGUCGUUCAAGAAAGUAUGGACGAUACACGAAUCGAUCUUACUCAAAUAGAAGAUGGCGGUACCGGUCGUAGCGUGCCUACUACACCUUUGCAAGUCUCACCGGCGGCUGAUUUGCCACCUUCGACCAGCAGUGGUCCCUCCGAAGAACAAGAAACACCCGUUUCGGUAACACCGUUGUCGGUUACCGCUGUUGGCGACACCGGCGAAGAGUCUGCAAUACCCAGUAUUCGUGUACUUGGCGUUGACGACCAGCAACACAAUCAAACUGAAAUAAUUACAGAAUCUAUUAGUACAACACCAACCGAAGGUACGAGUUCGGAAAGCGAGAAACGUACGGAAGAAACUGGUCCGUUGAUAUCUGGUGAUGACGAUACGGUAGACACUGGCGAAGGAACUGAAGAACCAGGAAGCGACACAGUGGAAGACGAAGUAGAAGAGAGUCGCGAAGCGGAAGCGUCUCCUUCUAGCAAUACGCGUCAAAGAAGAGCAGCAGCGGCUGCUGCAGCAGCAGGCAAUGGUAACAGAGGCAGUACAGUGCGCCGUUCGGCACGAUCACCGUUCAGAACAGCUCGUGGUGCUCGCCCUACGCCAAUUGUUUGGGAAAGUCAAGCUAGCGGUAGAGGGCAAUCUAUGAUACGCGGAGGACACGCAGCGAGGGGAACGAAUAACGAAACGGGGAGAGGUCGUGGAAUCAGACGUCGAAUGCGCUCUAAAUAUCCAUACGCGCGAUUUUAAGGCAAUUUUUCUUCUUUUCUUUUUUUUAUACGAAGCCAUAGAAAAGAUACGUGUCGCAGUGUUUGUACACGAACCGUGUAAGAAACGUUGGCUGUUAUUAACAUAUAUCAACUUUCAAAUUGCAGGUAUCUUUAUUUCGCGUUAUAUGGUAAUUUCGUUGUGCGCAUAUUUGUCAGCUUGAUAUUUAUUACACCCAACGUGAACAAUACAAUAAUAUUAAUUUUAUAUAAUAAUUGCGGCGUAUAACCAUCUUUUAAAAUUGUUGUUUCGUUUGAAAUUACACGAUCUAUUGUCGAUUGUUUUGUUACGCCUUCAACAUCGAAACUGACAUUCCUUUCAUCGAUAUUCUUUCUUUUUCCAUUCAAAAGUACAUACAUACGUAGCACUUAAAUCGUCUUAUUUAUUUAAUCGUAGAAAUAAUUUUGACGUAGUUACUGUUCGAAUAUGUCGUAUUUCAUUAAACGUAUCCUUUCCUUUUUUUUUUUUUUAUGUAAAACGUUUACACAAGAUCGGUAUAUACAUAUAUCGUAGUCAGAUUUCAUAUUUUACGCAGUGCACACCAUGAAAGUUUUAUUCGAAGUAUUUGUCAUAAUGUACAAGAAUUAUGUUAUUUACUAAAGAUGCAUCGCAUUUUUUAUAUCGUACAAAAUUAAAUAAAUACGAUAAAUUGUUUUAUAGUUCUCGUCAGUCGCAUAAACUUCAGACCGAAUGCAUUAACUCUGAACUAUUAAUAAAUAGUAUAAAAUAAAUACUAAAAUUCUACUAACCGCUAUUAAAGUACGUAAUUUAAUGUCUAUCUUAAAAUCUAAUAUUAAAACAAAAUAGUAGGUAUUUAUACACGUAACACAGAAGGUUCGCUAAAAUAUGGAGGUGUCAAGUAAAUAGGCAGCCAAAUUGUCAUUAUAAUCCAGUAUAAUUCACUGUUUCCGAAGGUGUCGUAAACACAUAGAGACAUAAUGAAUAAAUAUAGAAACAUAAACGCAAUUUUUAAUCGGUUCAGUGUGGCAAUCGAUAGUUGUAAAAUAUGACAAGAGUAGGAAUUUCCCGAGGUCUACAAGGCAUCGAAGCAAAAGUACUCACUUUUAGUAGUAAGACAUCGUCUCCGAGGAAAAAUCUGUCGUCUCAGCAAGUUUCUUCGCUGUUUCGUUAAUUAGUUGGUUCGUUAUUACAAUAAACCACUCUGACUGCAAUUGUUUUAUAAAUCGUUUAAAUACGUAUCGAUCUAUUAUGAGCCAUGCUCUCAUCGCUUUUCAAUAUUACUCGUUUUUAAUAUAUGCACAUUUCUACAUACGACACUUUUUCAUGCUUGGUAACAGAAGAAUACGAUUAUAAUGUUUGAUCACCUAUUUUCUCGACACUUUGUAUAUAAUAUAUUUUAUACGUGUAUCAGUCUCUUAUCCGAUAUACUAAUAUUUUAAUGUAGCAUUACCUUGAUUAAUACUUGUUCAAUACUUGAAUAUCCGAAGAAAAAUUUUUUAAACGUUUAUACUAUAAUCUUACCAAGAAUAAAUGUUAAAUAUUAAUAAACGCGUAUAAAUACUGAUUUUAUUACAAUUAACUGAUAAAUGUCUAGUUUACACGCGUUCGAUAGUAUCAAAACGUAAUUUUGUAACAUAAUUUUGAUCUUGUUAGUAUACAUAUAAGAUAGAACGGUAUCACAACGGUGAACAUUAAACUUGCUAAAACAGUUG